AUGGCGAACCAGACUGUCCAUCCAGAUGACCAGACAGUCAUAACAUCGCAGCCCAUGCCAGGCGAAAGCGACACCCUUGCCACUUUCCCUGAUGGCUGGGCGGAGUGUGUGCUCACAGGCUACGUGAAGAAGCAGAUCCUGGCUACGCCUGGGUUUCCCUGUCCGAUUGAGCGUACGAAGGAGCCGGUGUUCCAUAUUUCUUCGACACCAGACAGAGGCCUGGGGAUGUUCGCUGUGAAGAGAAUGAAAAUGGGGGAUCUCGUACUGGACGAGAGGCCGAUGAUGGUGACGCCCGCACUAGCAAAUCCUAGCAACAUAACCUUUCCCGAGAGCUUUACCGAGAAGGAGGUCUAUCAAGCUGCCAUAUACGAGUACGAGAAGACACUUCGAUUUUGUUUCCGUCGUAUGCCGAAGGAAAACCAACAGGCAUUCAUGGGACUAUCUAACUGCCAUCAGCACGACGGAAGCGGCAUAUUAUUCGGUAUUAUCAGAACGAAUGGGUAUAGAAUUGAGGAGCUAAAGGAUAAUAAUGCCCAAGAGUCUUUUGGGAUUUAUACUGCUGUUUGGGAUAAGCUUUCCCGUUUAAAUCAUAGUUGUUCCCCCAACAUCUGUCGUAAAUGGAACAUGGCCUCUUUCUCUAUGCAGAUCCGCGCCGCGCGCGACAUCGAGGAAGGUGAAGAGCUCACAACAGCAUACUGUGGCAUUCUCGAUCCUGCUGCAACGCGUCAGACCGAUCUUGCACCGUACGACUUUAAAUGUAGGUGUGCGGCGUGUUUGGACCCAUCAAAGUCCGAUGUGAGACGAGGGGGUUUCAGUCGUUCGCCAGUGCUCAUCCCGCCAUUCAUAGGCAAGGGGAAAGGAAAAGGGGAUUGGCUCGAUCCUGCGUUGAAACUACUCGCAGAGAUGGAAGAGGAAGGUGUGCAGGCUAGCUUGUUUUACAAGACGACGCUGCAGCAACUGGUGCAUGCCUGUAUCUAUAUGGGAGACAAGGACAGGGUGCUCCUGUAUGGACGAAAGUUGGAUGCGAUUUCGAGAGCGAGGGGGGACAGUAUGGAUCCUAGUUUCACGAGUCUGAAGAAACUGAAAAGACUGUCGCAGUGGGGGAUGGGGAGAAGACAGGCUGGACAACAGGUCUAUCGCUGA